AUGGGCGGGGUGGGUCCGUAUCACAAGGUGACGCUGCAGAUGCAAGCCCUGGCGCAGCUGCGCGACGUGGGCCAGGCGCUCGCCGCGGCCCUGGCGUUGCUGGCGCGUCGCGGGCUGUGCCACUGCGACCUGAAGCCCGCGAACGUGAUGCGCUUCCGCGGCCGCUGGAAGAUCAUCGACAUAGAGGGCGCGGUGUCGCUGGCCUCCGCGUCCGCCGCGGUGAAGCCCGACGACUUCACGCCGCUCUACGCCUGCCCCGAGCUCGCGCGGGCGUGGCUGGACGCGCUCGCCGCCCCAGGCGGCAGUGCGCGGGCGGCCUCCUGCACGCCCACCUCGAAGAUGGACGUGUGGAGCGCCGGGGUUGUCCUGCUGGAUGUGCUGGCGAGGCAGUGUGCCUUCGAGGACGAGUUCACCGGCUUCCAG